ACCUUCGCGACUUUCAUUUUUAAAAUGGCCUCGCAAAUUCACUUACAACCAGAUCCAAUAGAAUUCGAUAAUCAAAUUUUCGAUUUAGCAUUUCACCCAUCUGAAAAUAUCGUUGCAACAGGAUUAAUAACUGGAGAAGUAUUCUGUCAUCGAUAUACAGUUGAUAAUACAAAUGAAAAUAUAAAUGUGUUGUCAAUUCGUCCACAUAAAAAAUCCUGUCGUGGAUUAGAAUUUAAUCAUGAUGGUGCUUCUUUGUUUAGUGUAUCAAAAGAUAGAUCAAUACAAGUAAUAAACCUUGAAACUGGUAAAAUUUUCGUAAAGAAAGCUGAUUCGCACGAUUAUCCGAUUAAUUGUAUAUUACGAUUAAAUGAAACUACGCUAGCAACUGGAGAUGAUAACGGAAUAAUCAAAUUAUGGGAUAUAAGAAAUGGAAAUGAAAUUAUGAAAUACUCUGAACAUCUCGAUUUCAUUUCUGAUUUUGCAUUUCGUUUAGAUACAAAAACUCUUUUAUCCACAAGUGGGGAUGGAACAUUAUCAGUAUAUGAUAUUCGCAGACCGGGUUUAGUUGCAAUGUCAGAUAACCAAGAUGAUGAAUUACUGUCUAUCGCAGUAGUCAAGGAUGGAAGAAAAGUUGUAGUAGGAACGCAAGAAGGAAUAGUGAAUUUAUAUACAUGGAAUGAUUGGGGAGAUACAUCUGAUAGAAUCAUAGGUCAUCCACAAUCAAUUGAUACAUUAGUUAAAAUUAAUGAUAAUUUAAUUUGUACAGGUUCUUCUGACGGUAUUGUUAGGCUUGUUGGUAUAUUACCAAAUAAGUUUUUAGGUGUAAUAGGAGAUCAUGACGAAUUUCCUAUUGAAUGUUUAAGAUUAUCUCAUGAUGAUAAUUUAUUAGCGAGUAGCUCUCAUGAUAAUACCGUAAAAUUUUGGAAUAUAAGAUAUCUUUAUGAAGAGGAGGAGAAUGGUGAUGACAAAAAUAUUAAUGAUAACAUGGAUAUGGAUGAAAAUCCAAGCAGAGGCGGAAGUAGAAAUAAUGGAGUAGGAAAAAAUAUAGGCAACGAAACAAAUUCAUUUUUCGCCGAUUUAUAAUUAAUUAAACAUUAAAACAAGUAACUC